UCUCCCUAUCUCUCUAUAUUUAUGCUUAGAUGUAAAUUUCCUCCUACACACACCUUAACAAAAAUAACACCCAUCACUUAGCUUCAUUUCUUAGAAACGUCUCCGCCCUACUAGCCACCACCACCACCACCACUACCACCACCACUAGGUAUACCGCGAUGUCAGUUAAAGACUGCGGCCACCACAAGGACAAGAAAAAGAUCCUUCUUAAGAGAAUCGCGGCCGGAAUAUUGACCUUUAUCUUCAUAGUCCUCUUAGUAAUCCUCAUCAUAUGGGCUGUCCUAAAGCCUUCUAAACCUAGCUUCGUCCUCCAAGAUGCCACUCUCUACAACUUCAACCUAACCAGCCCGGCACAACUCACCUCCGUCUUCCAGGUGACCGUACAAUCCAGGAACCCCAACGACAAGGUCGGAAUCUACUACGACAGGAUGCUGACGUAUGCGACAUACCAUGAUCAGCAGAUCAGCCUACCAACAUCAAUCCCAUCCACUUAUCAGGAUACUAACGGGAUGAAUAUAUGGUCACCUUUUCUACAAGGUCAGUCCGUUCCGAUUGCUCCUUACAUAGGAGCUCAGAUCAAUAAUGAGCUUCAGAUGGGAAGUGUUAAGCUUGUGAUCAAGAUGGAUGGACGUGUCAGAUUUAGAGUUGGGUCUUUCGUUAGUGGGUCCUACCGUAUCCACGUCAACUGCCCGGCGUAUAUUCCGAUUGGGAACCCGAAUAUCGGGACUAUGGUAGGGAGGAACGCCAUCAAAUACCAGAUUGUCCAGGGUUGUGGCGUUAGUGUGUGAUCUCUAGUCAUGUACGUGGAAUAUAAUGUCAUUAUUUUCUCUUUUCUUCAUUUCAUAAAAUUGUAUAAAAAAGAAAAGAAAAAGAAUACGGGGAUCAUUUUGCAAUUAUGGGGGAAUUAUUGGAGUUAAAGGUGCGUCAUUUUUCUUGUUUAUAAUAAUUAAUCAAUUAGCGAUGAAUAUAUUUGUAAUUGAAGGCGAAGAGUCUAUCUACAAGUGAAGAGAGAGAGAAAUAAUACGUA